AUGGUUAGAGCUGAUGCAUCCGUUAGCAUCAAGGUGCUCCUAAAUGCGACUGCGUCGCACUACGGAUUCAAGCCGACCUAUAGGAGGGUCUGGAUGGUGAAGCAGAAGGUUGUUGCGCUCAUUUAUGGUGACUGGGAUGAGUCUUACAACGAGCUCCCACGGUGGGUGUUAGGAGUGCAGGUGACAAUGCCUGGUUCUAUUGCAGUUCUUCGGACUAGCCCUGUUCGAGUUGAGGGACAGCUGGACGAAUCUCAGGCUUAUUUUCACAGACUGUUCUGGACUUUCCCACCAUGUAUCGAGGCAUUUCGUCAUUGUAAGUCGUUGGUUAGUAUUGAUGGGACCCAUCUCUAUGGCAAGUAUGGGGGUACUCUGCUUGUGGCGAUUGCACAGGACGGAAACUCCAACAUACUCCCUAUUGCAUUUGCGCUAGUCGAGGGUGAGAAUGCUGAGUCUUGGUCAUUCUUUCUCUCCCACCUCCGUCAGCACGUUACACCACAGCCAGGUCUGCUCGUUAUCUCUGACAGGCAUAACGGCAUCAAGGCCGCCCUUGAGGCUCCCGACAAUGGCUGGAUACCUCCAGCUGCAUACCGAGCUUUCUGCAUUCGGCACGUAGCAGCAAAUUUCGCCCUCACCUUCAAGGGUAAAGACGCAAGGAGGCUUCUCGUGAACGCUGCCUAUGCUAAGACGGAGGUCGAGUUCCAUUACUGGUUUGAUAUUCUUCGCUCGGAAGAUCCGGCGAUGUGUGAAUGGGCAAACCGGAUUGAGUAUUCAUUGUGGACACAGUAUUGCGAUGAGGGCCGAAGAUUCGGUCACAUGACGACAAAUAUAUCUGAGUGUGUGAAUUCAAUCCUCAAGGGUGUGAGGAACCUUCCUGUAUGCUCGUUGGUUAAAGCAACAUAUGGUCGGUUGGCCGAACUUUUUGUUCGCAAGGGGAGAGAGGCGGAGGCCCAGCUGGGUACGGGACAACCAUUCAGUCAACACCUUGUUAAAUGUAUCGAGGCCAACUUGAAGACGGCAAGGUGCUUCACAGUUACUUUGUAUGACAGGGACAACUUGGAGUACACGGUCACAGAGACCACUCCUACUGGUUCUUUUUCCCUUGGUAGCUACAGGGUGUCACUCGGAUCUCAGACAUGUGAUUGCGGAUACUUCAGGCACUGCAUUUCCCUUGUCCGCACGCACUGGCAUGCUGUGCUUACUCACGAGUCACUUGGCACUUCUAUAUCCACCCAGUCUAUCGACUCAGUAACGUUUUUAGUGUUUAUCAGAUGGAAUUCAGACCUCCAAUUCCAGAGGGUUUCUGGCCACCAUAUGAUGGGCCGACGGUAA